AUGAAAUCUUCACCAUCAACGACAUCGCCAUCGGCUUCAAAUCCACAAUUUAAACUCAAAAAACCAAAUAAAUUUUCAACUACUACAGCAAAAUCUAUUGUGCCAUUAAAUCUUGGUAGUGAGAAAAGUGAAAAGGGUUUAGUAAGUAAUAAUGGAAUUUUUUCAAAUACAAUAAACACAUCAGGACAACCAACCAUACCAUUGGUUUCUUCUAAUAGUGUUUGGGGUGGAGUAAAACCAGCCACUCCCGUUAUUACAACUACACCAACACCAUCAUCAACAACAACAGCAACAACAACACCAGUAACACCAUCAUCACCUCAACAAACUACAUCAACAACAAAUACAACAUCAUCAAACACUAAUACAAAUACAGGAGCACCACAAACAGUUGCAAGUUUAAUCCAAUCAACUCUUUUACAUCCAUCACUUAUAAAUUCUUCUACAUCAUCACCACUUGGUGGCUCAACUUCAUCUUCAACAUCAUCAAUUUCAUCUUCAACAGAAAAUUUAGCUGCUUCAUCAACUUCACCUCCACCACCACAACCAUCAUCAUCAUCACAACCAUCAUCAUCAACUACUACAAACCCAAUAAAUAAUGCAUCAACAACUGCGCAAUCUCAAUCAAAUACUGUAGAUACACAACAAACAUCAAACACAUCAAAUUUAGUUAUACCACCACAACCAACCACCACCACAACAACAACAACAGCGACCCCAUCAACAACUAAUCCAACUACAACAAAUGAUUCCUAUAUUUCACCAUCUGUCGCAAAAAAGAAAGAUAUUAUUCAACCACCAUCACCUCCAACCUUUUCAACAAUUAAUAAAAAUACCAAUUAUCCUGCACUUG